AUGACUAAUGGAUUCGUGUGGGUAGUUUUCGGGUUUGGGACAACAUGUUUGACCUGCGCUAGCACGGAAUCACAUGUACUAGUAGGGAUCCAUUCAUGGAAAGAUAAAGCUGGAUCACGGGAAGCCCCGCUGGUCAUGCCAUUGGAAUUUGACUUCCAUCUUCAUUUGGACGGUGACCUCACAUGGUCUGCAAGAAUGUGUAGAGAUACCUAUAAAUCUAUCAGCAUUCUCUGUUUUUCUGUGUUGCUUUUGGUGGGAGAAAGAAACAAGAGAGAAUGGAUGCACCCCCAGGGUAUCAAGAAAUGUCGAGUGUUGAGCAUAUUAAAAAGCGCAAUGAGGAGAAAGGCUGCCUCUAUGCUAGUUUGUUUGCACUGUGUUGCUGUUUCUGCUGCUAUGAGACUUGUGAAUGUUGUUUAG